AUAAAAGCACCUGUCCUGGCCAGACAUCACUCGCAUCUCACUUUCUCUCUCUCACACACACCCACCCUCACACACUCCUGAACUCCACACACACUCUGUCUCUCUCCCGUACAGAUCAGUGGGACCGGACACCACCGAGGUAAAGGAAACAUGAGUUACUCCAGCGAAAUUUACAGCAGCAGCUCCUAUCGGAAGAUCUUCGGAGAUGCCCCCCGGUCCGGCCGCGUGGGUCUGGUGAGCAGCAGCAGCCCGUCCCGGCUGCAUUCUGCGGGAUACCGCAGCAGCCACCGCACCUAUGGUUCCCCUUCCGUGAUGUCCUCCGCCACCUUCCGCAGGACAGCGGCGCCCGGCCGCGUCUUCUCCUCCAUGCCGGAGUCCGCGAUGGACCUGACCCAGUCCACCGCGGUCACCAACGAGCUCAAGAUCAUCCGCACCAACGAGAAGGAGCAGCUGCAGGGCCUCAACGACCGCUUCGUGUCCUUCAUUGAGAAAGUGCAUAACUUGGAGCAGCAGAACAAAGUCCUGGAGGCGGAGGUCACGCUGCUGCGGCAGCGCAACAGCGAGCCCUCGCGCCUGCACGAGCUGUACGAGCAAGAGAUCCGCGAGUUGCGGGCGCGCGUGGAGGAGCUGACGCACGAGAAGAGCCAGAUGCACCUGGACUGCGUGCAGAUGAACGAGACGCUGGAGCGCGUGAGGGAGAAGCUGGAGGAGGAGACCAGGCUGCGCGAGGAAGCGGAGAACACCCUGAAGGGCUACCGGAAGGACGUGGACGACGCGACCCUGGCGCGCCUGGAGCUGGAGAAAAAAGUUGAGUCACUGCUGGACGAGAUCGCCUUCCUCAGGAAAGUUCAUGAGGAGGAGCUGCAGGAGCUGCAGGCGUCUCUGCAGGCCACACAGGUGUCAGUGGAGAUGGACAUGAGCAAACCGGACCUGGCUGCCGCCCUGAAGGAUAUCCGGGCUCAGUACGAGAACCUGUCAGCCAGGAACCAGGUCCAGGCAGAGGAGUGGUACCGCUCCAAGUUCGCCAGUGUGACCGAGGCAGCUGCCCGCAACCAGGAUGCCAUCAAGCACUCAAAGGAGGAGCUGAGUGAGUACCGCAGGCAGGUGCAGGCCCGCACCCUGGAGAUCGAGGCCCUCAGGGGCCACAACGAGGCCCUGGAGAGGCAGAUUGCUGAGAUGGAGGAUCGCCAUAACAAUGAAAUUGGAGAGAUGCAGGACACCAUCCAGCAGCUGGAGGCUGCACUGCGCAGCACCAAGGGAGAAAUGUCCCGUCACCUGCGUGAGUACCAGGACCUGCUGAACGUCAAGAUGGCUCUGGACAUUGAGAUCGCUGCCUACAGGAAGCUGCUGGAAGGCGAGGAGUGCCGCCUCAGCUCUGUUGGUGGAGCCGUGGUCCAGUCGGGCUACCCUGGCUUCUCCUACAUGUCAGCCCGAACCUACACCCUGGGAGCCUACAGGAAGUCCGGUGCCAAGCCUGAGGAGGAGGAAGAGGAGGCUGAGGAGGAGGAGAAGGAGGAGGAGGAGGAGGGAGAGGAGGGAGAGGAGGGAGAGGAGGGAGAGGAGGAGGCCGAGGAGGGAGAAGAGGGAGAGGAGGGAGAGGAGGGAGAAGGAGAGGAAGGUGAGGAGGAGGAAGAGGAAGAGGAGGAGGAGAAGGAGAAGCCAAAGGAGAAAGACGAGAAGGAGAAGAAGAAGGAGAGCCCCACCGGCAAGAACAGCAAGAGCUAAACUGCUUGUAUCAUCAUCUUCAUCAUCAUCAUCAUCAUCAUCAUCAUCAUCACCAGUAACACAUUCCACAUCCAAACAAUCACUUGUAUGGAUCUGGUUACUGUUCACAUCAUCUUUGUCACACACAUAUACACACACACACAAAGACACACAGAACUCUGCACACUCCAGAUGCCUCACACCUGUGUUUCUCUGUCUCUGUUUGCUCAGAAGUGAUUAGCUCAAACAUUAUUAGACCAAGAAGGAGGGAAGGCAGAAUAGAUGUAUUAUGAUGGCAGAUGAGUUUAAAUCAUUCACACACUCUGCAGAGGUCAUCAUGAUUUUACAUAACAUGCACAAGUGCAGAGAGACGCACAGAAAGUGAGCAUGAUGCCGCAAAGUUUCAUAGGUUUGAAACUGAAUGAUUUGUCCUCAUGUGAGCAACAGUAAAUGUGCCAUUCAUGAUCAAUAUUCAAAAUUAGAGCAAUCAAUAACCUUGAAAGUAACAAUUUUGUCAGCACACAGACUUUAAGAUAAAUGCACAGAUCUCAGAGCAUGAGAAACAGCCAGUCCAACUUUUACGGUGCUAUUUGAUUUUUACAUAUAAAAGUUGGGGAGUUCUGUGAGUAAAGAUUUUAUCUCAGAACAAAGCUCUACCAGCUCAUUCCUGAACGUCGGCUCGUCACACAGGGGAAGUUUAACGGAAAUAAAAGCUUCUAUUUGAAGUGUAAGUCAAACCCCAUAUUUCACACAGCAGGUGAGUGCUUUUCACUCCCCUCUUUCUUCCACUCCUCUCCACUUAGUUCUACAUCUCAUCCCACCAUGACAAACUGAAAUGUACCACUGACCAUUCAAAACCUUUUCCAUUGUCUUUUAUUCACUGCAGCACGGCAAUAAUGGCAACUCGGAGCUCAGAAAAAACUGUAUAUAUGAAUGUGUUGGGGGGGUGGGUAGUACUUUUAGUAGUACUUUUCAGUCGCAGGGAAGGAGGAGUGCUGCAGCUUCUCCACGAUGAAGUGCAUCUUUGGGAAUGAAAAGUAUAGAGUUCAAAUUGCUGCUAUAUAUAUAUUUUUGGGAAUAUGAAUUAUCCCCCCUUUGAUUGAUUCAUUUGUCAAGGAAUUUAUCAGCCAUCUCACCUGUCAGAGUUGAAUAUUUAUAAUUAAGUCCUCCUCCUUACGUUCUUUCCCUUCACCUUUAGAGAAAACCGACCUUUUUUAUUUCUCCUCACAUAAACGUGGUGGUGCUUUUGUUUAAUUUAGCUGGAAAGGUGAAGGUGAGCGUGGCUGCCAGUGUCAGGCAGCUGCUGGUGACACUGACAGCCCUCAGCUCAGACUGCAAGUGGCAGGUGGGGCAGAUACUGCUGGGGGUCAUGGGUACAUGGUUCAGAGUCACAUAUAAGGGCUAUUUUCACCAUAACUCCUUCUAUCACUUUGCCCUGAACUGGUUUGCAUCACUGUUUAUCAUUUCACACCCCUCUGCUUUUCUUUUUGUCGACAAAUGAAUCAACCAACAGGCAUGAAUGCAUGGCCUGACUCUUGGAGCUUGAAUAUCUACUGGAUGGGAUAGAUUUUUGCUUGUUGUUGUGUGAUCAGUAAUAAAAAAAUAAAAAAAACUUGCCUUAACCAUGACUGAAAGUUAAAAUAAAACAUGUUUUCACCUGCAUCUCACUUGUUUGUUGGGAGGCUGAGGAGUGCUGACAUUUUCCAGACCGUUCUGCUAUACAACUGUGACUGUAUGUGCUGCUAUCUCAUGCAGUGAUAUUCCUCUCAAAGCCAAAUAAAAACAUUUAUUAACCAAA